AUGGCUCCUUCUAAAAAUAUUUUAUCAAUUUCAUCUAGUUGUACUUCUUCUUCUAACGGCAUUAAAAUAUCUUUAGAGGAAGAAAGUAUGUGCUAUGAUAAUAGGAUUACUAAAAAUUUAUCUAAAACAGACAACUUUUUACCAAAACAUAUUGAUGGCCCUAAACAUAAGACUAACGUAAAUACAUUCAAUAACACAACUGAUGAUAAAAGUAAUUUGGAUAAUUUAACUAAAAAUAUGGGUGAAAAUUUAAUGACUAAUCAUUAUCCCAAAAAUUGUACUCAAGAAAAUAAUACCAAAAAUGAUAUGACUAGUAAUAAAGAUUCUGAUAAUGUAUUAAUGUUUGAUACUUCAACUAAUACAUAUGGAUGGAUUGCAAAAGGUUCUAAGAAACCAAUAGACCAUCGAUUACCAUUUCAAAGACCACCAUUAAUUCAUUGUGUUAAACAAUUACCAUUUGCCUUACGUUAUCUUGGAUAUUGGCUUAAAAAUUUUAAAAAUAGAGAAGAAUUAUUUAUUAAUGGUUUUGAACCAUAUUUUCAUCAUCCAUAUUAUGGUGUACCAUUAGGUGGUAUUGGAACCGGAAGUAUUGGUAGAGAUUUUAGAGGAGGAUUUUGUAAAUUUUCUCUUAGACCUGGUAUUGUAGAACAAGAAGUAAAAUUUAUCAAAGCUAAUCAAUUUAUAUUAUCAAUUAAAAAAGAUGGAACAACUAUAUACCAAAAAGUACUAUCAGCUAUAUUAACAAUGAAUAAAAAAAAGAAAAAAUUAAAUAAUAUAUUAAAAAAAAAAAAAGAUUACCUUUCAUCUUGGGAAUUUAAUUUUCCUGAAGAUGAUUUAGAGUAUCGUGGAUUAUAUCCAAGAUCAUGGACUAAAUAUAAUAUAAAAGAGUGUAAUGUUAUUGUAAUAUGUAAACAAACAUCACCUGUCAUACCACAUGAUUAUAAAAAUUCAUCACUUCCAACAAGUAUAUUUGAAUUUGAAAUUGAAAAUAAUUCUGAUGAUGAUUUAGAUAUUAGUAUAUUAUUUACAUGGAGAAAUGGUACAGGUAAUAUUAAAUGGAAUAAAGAGGGACAUUGUGAAACAAAAUCAUUUAAUAUAACUGAAAAUAAUAAUAUUAUAAAAGGUGUUACAUUAAAAAAUACAAUUUCUGGAAUGAAUUGUAUAUAUGGUUUAAGUGGUAUAGAGAAAGAAAGUCAAAAUAUUAGUAUUUGUGAAAAAUUUAAUCCUUCUGGUGAUGGGUAUAAUAUAUGGAAUGAAUUAAAAAAUAAUGGAAAAAUUGAAAAAAUUGAAGAUAAUUAUUUUAAUAAUAAUGAAAUUGGUGUAGGAGUUUGUAUAACUCAAAAUAUAAAAGCACAUAAAAAAGAUUCUUAUAUAUUUAAUCUUGUAUGGCAUAUGCCAAUUAUUUAUUUUGGUAAAAAAAAACGUUUAAUGAAAAGAAGAUAUACAAGAUAUUUUGGGUGUGAUGAUAACGCAAUUACCAAUUUAAUAACAUAUUCAUUUUUAAAUUAUAUAAAUUGGUCAAAAGCAAUAGAUGAGUGGCAGGAUCCUAUAUUAAAAAAUAAUGAAUAUCCGGAUUGGUUUAAAAGUGCACUUAUUAAUGAACUAUAUUAUUUAACAGAUGGUGGAAGUGUAUGGAUUGAAUAUGAUGAUGAAUGGGAAAAAAAUGAACCAUCUAUUAGUGAGUAUACUAAAAAUGUUCUUAAAGAAUAUGGUCGUUUUGGGUAUAUGGAAAGUUGGGAUUAUAGAAUGAUUAAUACUUAUGAUGUUCAUUUUUAUGCUUCAUUUGCAUUAGCAACACAUUUUCCAGAAAUUGAACAUAGUAUUGUUUCAGAUUUUACUGAUCAAAUUGAUCGAUCAGAAAAUAAAUUAACAAAAUAUUAUAUGGAAAAUGUUAAAGCACCUAUUAAAACACCACAAAGAUUACCUCAUGAUCUUGGUAAUCCAGCUCUAGAACCUUAUAUAAAUAGUAAUUGUUAUGUUAUGCAUGAUACAGCUCAUUGGAAAGAUUUAAAUUUAAAAUAUGUUUUAACAGUUUAUAGAAAUUAUUUAAUUUUAAGAAAUAAUGAUAUGGAAUUUUUAAAAUUUGUUUAUCCAAAAGUUAAAUCUCUUAUAGAAGUUGGUAUAACUGAAUGGGAUAUAAAUAAUGAUGGAAUGAUAGAAAAUUUUGGUGCUGCUGAUCAAACAUAUGAUGCAUGGAAAAUGGUUGGUUGUAGUAGUUAUUGUGGAUCAUUAUGGUUAUCAGCUUUAAGAGUUUCAAUUGAAAUGGCACGUGAUAUAGGUGAUAUUGAGGGAGAAGAAAGAUAUAAUAAUAUUUUAGAAAAAGCUAAAUGUGUUUUUAAUACAAAAUUAUGGAAUGGUAAAUAUUAUAAUUUUGAUGAAUCACGUUUAAGUAGUAGUACAAUUAUGGCAGAUCAAUUAGCUGGUUAUUGGUUUUUACAUAGUAUUUCAAAAGAUUUAGCACAAUCUAUUUUACCUUUUGAUCGUGUAUAUUCAUCUUUAAAUACUGUUUAUGAAUAUAAUUGUAAAAAAUUUAAUAAUGGAAAUAUGGGUGUUGUUAAUGGAAUGAAACCAAAUGGUAAAAUUGAUACUGAUCAUAUUCAGGCAGAUGAAAUGUGGACAGGUAUAACAUAUGCAGUUGCCUCAUCAUUAAUUCAAAUUGGUGAAGUAGAAAAAAGUUUUGAAAUUGCAUAUGGUUGUUAUAAUACAUGUUAUAAUAACACAGGUCUUCAAUAUCAAACACCAGAAGCAUUAUAUUCAAAAAACUUUUAUAGAGCAAUAGGGUAUAUGCGUCCCCUAAGUAUUUGGGCAAUGAAUUGGGAAUUAACAAAAAAAGAAAAAGCAAAUUAA